AUGGCAUUCGCUUCCAGCGACUCAGAGGAGCCAGAGAGUGAAAACACACCAGCGAUUAUGGCAUCAGCACUACAAAACUUUGAGGAAUUAGAUAUUGAGAGCGCAAAUGUGGAGUCCAGUGAAUCUGAAGAUUCUGAUAGUGAGAGUGAACUCAUAGUUCCGAUCACUAACUCUGCGAUCCGUCGAGCCCAAAACAGUCACUUUCAGGCACUCCUUACCCAACAUUCACUGAGUGAGACAAUUGAGGAGAGCAGGACCCAUUAUUCUAGGCGAAAUGAAGAUCUCACAAUUGCCAAGCUCGUCGAGAAACGGAAUCCAAAUGCUGGUAACUUGGAGCCUCGAUCGUACCAGAUUGAGCUCUUUGAGCGCGCCAAAGUGCAAAAUACAAUUGCAGUCCUUGAUACAGUAGGAUCGGGAAAAACGUUAAUCGCAGUACUCCUACUGAAGCAUACACUAGAUCUUGAGCUUAUAGAUCGUGCUAAUGGAAAAGCCCCUCGUGUGGCAUUCUUCCUGGUUGACAGUGUGACACUUGUCUUCCAGCAAUCUGCAGUUCUGAAAAACAACAUAAAUCAGAACAUCGGGUGCUUUUAUGGAGCCAUGGGACCAGACCUUUGGGACCAACAGACUUGGGAUGACCACCUAAGCAAGUAUAUGGUCAUAGUUUGCACAGCAGAGAUUCUGAAUCAAUGCUUACUCAACGCGUUCUUGAGGAUGAAGCAAAUUAAUCUCUUGAUAUUUGAUGAAGCUCAUCAUGCCAAAAAGGAGCAUCCCUAUGCACGUAUCAUCCGCAAUUCCUACUUUACAGUGGAUCAAUCAGAACGCCCAAAGAUCUUUGGAAUGACGGCGUCGCCUAUUGAUGCCAAAGUUGACGUCGCAGAAGCGGCCACAAAACUAGAGAUAAUUUUAGACAGCAAGAUUGCCACAACGUCACAGUUGACCAUGCUACGGCAAAUCGUGCAGAAGCCCACUGAGGAGACAUGGACUUACAAGAAACUUGAGAACUCUUUUCGCACCGAGCUAUACGAUACUUUAGAGACAAAGUUUGGAGAUAUGCAGUCAUUAAACCAAAUGUUUCAAUUCUCAUUGAAAGCAACGUCAGAGCUGGGAAGGUGGUGUGCAGACCAUAUCUGGACACACAUGCUGAUGGACGAUGUCUUACCAAAGCUUGAGGCUCUGACUAUCAAGGGGAAAGACAUGGAGGGUCAUGAUCCGAAUGCAACCCAAAGAGAUAUGGAUAGAAUUCAGGAGGCCUACGAGAUUGUGAAAGCUUAUCAACACAAGGAUCCUGCUGAACCUGGCCAGCACAGUUCAAAAGUCGACCUCCUCCUGGCAAUGCUAACUCAUCGUUUCAAAGAGUCAAGUGAAACAAAGUGCAUUGUGUUUGCCGAUCGACGGAACACUGCAAAGAUGCUAUCGCUUCUCUGUGAGCAGCUAAUAAUUCCUAAUAUUCGACCUGGAGUGCUGGUUGGAGUACGCAAUUCCGAUCUUGCUGGAAGAAUUACAUCUCGAGAACAAUUUCUCGCCUUGGUCAAAUUUCGAGAGGGAAGUAUUAACUGCCUGUUUGCAACAUCAGUCGCCGAAGAGGGGCUUGAUAUACCAGACUGCAAUCUUGUUGUUCGGUUCAGUCUCUACAGUACGGUGAUUCAAUACGUGCAGAGUCGAGGCCGUGCAAGACAUGAGAACUCAACUUAUGUUACCAUGAUUGAAUUCGGAAAUGAUGAGCACAAGCAGCGGAUGCAAGAAGUGCGACGUGCAGAAAAUCUCAUGUCGGCCUUCUGCACGCGUCUGCCUCAGGAUCGGAUUUUACAAGGAGACAUGGAUCUUAGCAAUUUUUUGCAGGAUGAUGCAAAGAGAAUCUACAAGAUCCCUUCAAGCGGAGCAAAGCUAACAUACCGACAUGCCGUCGAAGUCCUUGCACGUUAUGCGGGCUCAUUGCAGUAUGCACAUGAUAUUUCAUGCCAUGUCAGCUACAUCGUGACAGAAUGUGACAACUCCUUUACAUGUGAGAUUAUUCUACCCGAAACAUCUCCUAUUCGAGGCUUGAUCAGUGGCCCAGAGUCGAAAAAGAUACUUGCGAAGCAGUCAGCUGCAUUUGAUAUGUGUAUUCUGCUUAGAAAGAACCAACUUCUUGAUGAUCACUUCCGAUCCAUCUACCACAAGCGUCUUCCAGCAAUGCGCAAUGCUAAAUUGGCCAUCGUUUCUAAAGAGACUAAUCAUUAUAUGAUGCGUUGCAAGCCCUCUAUUUGGGAUAGAGAGCGAGGUGAUCUUCCGGAAAGACUUUAUGCGAUUGUGAUAAACUUCUUACCUUCAAAGUCUCUGACUCGGAAGCACGGAAGCCUUCUACUUUUGACUCGGGUAGAGCUUCCACAGCUCCUGGAGUUUUCUGUUUACCUCGAGAAUGAUACAGAAACCACUAUUCAGCUAGUGAAGCUUGUAACUCCACUUUCGGUCUCAUCCGAGGAUCUGGAUUCUCUGUCAAUCUUCACACUUUCCAUUUUCCGUGAUUUGUUUCACAAGACCUUCUUGCCUGAAUCAGUGAAGUUUCCUUAUUGGAUUGCCCCGAUUCGCCCAGACCUCGCGCCCAGUAGUCCAGAUGUUCUUCCGAACACAUUGCUGGAUCGUGAUAGUUUGAAUGUUGUCCAGCAAAAUCCGGAAAUGAAGUGGAACGAAAAUAUGGAUUCCAGUUUCAUCUUGAACCAUUUCAUUUACGACAUGUGGGAUGGAAGAAAGAGAUAUUUCCCACUUCAAAUUGAAUCCUCGUUGCGUGCUUCAGAUCCACCCCCAGAAAAUUCCCCUAAGCGGAGAUGGAUGGAUAAUAUCUUAAGUUAUACGUUGAGUCUAUCCAAGAAUUCUCGUCCGAGAUUCUUCGAACAAGCAAACUGGAGGCAGCCUGUCUUGCAGGUAGAGACUGUUCCCCUUAGACGAAACUUUCUCGACAAGGCAACAGAGGCUCAGACUGCAGAGAAAACCAAUAUUAUGGUCUGCCCAGAACCUCUUACCCUCUCACCAAUCCCGUUAUACCUAGUGACUUCAUGCCUAGCCUUUCCCGCCAUCAUGAGUAGGAUGGAGUCCUACAUGAUAGUCCUGGAGGGGUGUCAGUCUCUUGACCUCGACAUUGAUAUCCGGUAUGCCCUGGAAGCUUUCACCAAGGAUUCCGACAAUACAGAAGACCACAGGGCGAUGCAGAUCCAUGUUCAACGAGGUAUGGGAAAGAAUUAUGAGAGACUUGAGUUCUUGGGCGACAGCUUCCUCAAGAUGGCCACAUCAAUUUCGAUCUUCUGCUUGAGACCCGAGGAUGAUGAGUUUGACUACCACGUGAAUCGUAUGGUACUCAUUUGCAACCAAAACCUUUUCAAUACCGCUGUGAAGGUUAAACUCUUCGAGUGGAUACGUAGUCGUGGUUUUUCUCGCCAUUCGUGGUAUCCACCAGGACUCCAACUCACCCAUGGUCGAAACUUUGUGAAGAGUGCCGCUUCAGAAGGCACUCAUGCGCUUGGUGUGAAAACUAUUGCCGAUGUCUGUGAAGCCCUGAUAGCAGCAGCGCUACUUUCAGGUGGAAAAGAUCAUCGCUUUGAUACAGCUGUCAAAGCAGUCACAAUAUUCGUUGACAGUACAAUGCACAACGUUACAUCAUGGGCUGGCUAUCGGGCGCUUUACAAAAAGCCGGGUUACCAAGUUCAAGCUUCAGAUGGAUCUGAGAUAGAUCUUGCGGACAAGAUUUUCAAGAAAAUGGGUUAUCGGUUCAGGUACCCUCGUCUUCUUCGCUCUGCAUUCACUCACCCGUCUUACCCGUUGACCUGGGCGAGAGUUCCCUGUUAUCAGCGUCUUGAAUUCUUGGGUGAUUCACUGCUAGACAUGGUUUGCAUUGAGGACUUGUUCAAGCGAUUCCCUGACAAGGAUCCCCAGUGGCUCACGGAGCACAAGAUGGCUAUGGUUUCGAACAAAUUUCUGGGUGCUCUCUGUGUAAAGCUCAAAUUCCACAGACACAUGGCACACUUCAGUAGUCCCAUUCAGGCGGCCAUAACUAAUUUCGCCGAAGAGAUUCAAGCUGCCGAGGAUGAGAGUCAGGGAGCAAUGGACUACUGGCUUGCUAUCCACGAUUCUCCAAAGUGUCUUCCCGAUAUUAUUGAGGCUUAUGUUGCCGCGAUAUUCGUUGACUCGGACUUUGACUACACCGUUGUGGAGGAGUUCUUCAUUUCUCACGUGAAGCCCUUCUUCGUUGAUAUCUCUCUCUACGACACUUUCGCCAACCGCCACCCAACAACUUACCUCUACAGACAGUUGACUGAUCUUUAUGGAUGCACUAAUUACUGCCUCAAGUCUGGCGAACUACCCACCAUUGAUGGAGAGCAGCCCGUGAUUCUCGCUGCAGUGAUGAUCCAUGGCAUUUCAGUUGCGCAGUGCACCGGUACUUCAAGUCGAUAUGCAAAGGUUCGAGCGAGCGAGAAAGCCUUGUCGGCAAUUGGUGGAAUGCUGCUGAGUGAAUUCUGCAAGAAGUUUCACUGCGACUGCCGCGAGAAAGAUGAUAAGGAAAAUUUUGACGACAGGCAUGAACUUGAUAAGGGCACUGCGAUUUAA